GGCUUCAGCUGGCAGGCAUGACGAAGCCGGACACGGCGGAGCUGGACCCGGUGAUGCACGCGAUGGGGUUCGAGCUGGACACCGUGUCCCCGUCGCUGCUCGCCGGUCGGCUCCCCGUCACGACGCGGUGCUGCCAGCCCUUCCGGGUGCUCCACGGCGGCGUGUCGGCGAUGAUCUCCGAGGGCCUGGCCAGCAUGGGCGCCCACAUGGCCUCCGGGUUCCGCCGCGUCGCCGGGGUGCACCUCAGCAUCAACCACUUCCGCAGCGCCGCCGUCGGGGACCUCGUGCACGCGCGCGCCGUCCCCGUCCAUAUCGGCCGCUCCACGCAGGUGUGGGAGGUGAAGCUGUGGAAGGUGGACCCUGAGUCGCCGGAGAAGAAGACGCAGAUCGCCGAGUCCAGGGUGACGCUGCUCUGCAACCUGCCCGUGCCGGAGAACCUCCACAACGCCGGCGACAAGCUCAAGAAGUACGUCACUGACGCUGGGCCUGCAGCUCCGGCUCCUCCAACCAGCAAACUGUAACGAAGCAUCGAUCUGCCGUGAACAUCUUAUUUUGACCUCGAUUGGAGUCAAAUUAAACUCUAUGCAAGUCAAUGAUCGACUCGAUUGCAGAGCUGUGUGAAGCGUGUGCUCUGUUCUGUUCGUCGAACUCAAUAAUAUCUCCUUUUCUUUUA